CACCUCACUCUUGCCCUUAUGGAACCUAGAAUAGCGACGUUGCUGGACCAGUCACCUUACAAGAGACUUACUCUGGAUCCAUCUGUCUUGACCUCUCCUUCUUCUAUUGCGCCCCGGUACAUAGAGCCGGCAGCUAGCGGUAACGCGGCACACUCAAACCUAGAUCUGCAUGGCCUUCACGAUCAUGUUGAUACCAGAACUAAGACCCCAUCGCAUGCGCAAUCUAGUGCACCACUUGCACGAGUACUGAAUGAUCCUUCCUCUGCUUCUCGUGUAGUCCAGUCUCCAUCUGGGCGUCAAACGCCACAGCACGCAUCAUUCCGUACCAGAGGGGAGGGCUCUACUCUGUGCCUUCCUGCGAUCUCGCCAGAUGCACACAGACGAGAGGAGCAUGCUAGUUCUGUUGGUUACUCAGGAGGCGACAACUCCUUGAUACAGCUACCGAAACCUCCACAGGUCUCGCGGAAAACCGCGAAGAGGCCCAGGAUCCCGCCACUACUGCAAGGUCUGCAUCAGCCUCCUCCACUACCACCCAAAAGCAGAUUGUUCCCGCCUAUCACUAGCGAAAGGAAUGGACUUGGAGGCGAUGUGGGCGAUCGGUUCGGCCUUGGGAAUGCCUUUCCCACAAGUAGUACUGAAGAGCUAGCGAAAGCUCGAGUUUCGCCACAGAAAGGGAAGGAUGUCGAUAUCAACAAUGACGAACGGAACAAGCCUAAUGUUAGCCGUCAGAACGUUACAGUGGAGCAGAGACCGGUUUCUAAUUCUAUUGCGGUCCUUCCAUCAGUUGCCCAGUCUACAAAUCUUGCUCAGAACACAGCCAAAGCACCACGAAAAAGGACAAGGUGGUCGCAGAAAGAGACAGACGAUUUGCUCACCGGAGUCAGCAGAUUCGGUAUUGGCAGAUGGAAGCAGAUACUCGACUGCACAGACUUCCAGUUUCAGGGGCGGACUGCUGUGGAUCUGAAAGACCGUUUCCGGGUAUGCCGUCCUGGAGAAGGGCUCAAAGCCAGGAAAGCUGCUACACCGGAAGUCCCGGUGCUUCCGAAAACAACGGAAGCCAGUGCACCGGGAAUUGAGGUCGUAGCUACGCCUACUGUAGAGGCAGUGCCCCAACCCAUACGAUCAGCCGCGCGAAUAACCCUGGAUGGAAUAGAACCGACUAACAAAGCUGCUACAAACAAUGCAGAAGUUCAUGGGCCAUUUCUGAAGAGUAAACGUCGAGCGCGUCGAGAAUUUAGCAAUGAGGACGACCGAAACUUGCUGAAAGGCUUCAAACGGCAUGGUGCUACCUGGCACAAAAUGCGUGAUGAUUUCGAAUUGGGCUUUGGUGUUCGCCACCCUACAGACCUGCGCGACCGCUUUCGCAUUCGAUAUCCAGAGCUUUUUGCUCAGGCCGGCUACAAGCUGAAGCCAAAAGAGCAGCGUGCAGUAACAAACAAGGCAGAAGAGACGGUACAGGAAGCACAGGUGUCGAACCGGCCAACGACAACUCCAAGCCAGCCCCUCGACACCGGCGACAAACUCGUCACUCGUACCAGCACAAACACUACAGCCAUGGCACCCCCAACCACAACACCCACCGCAGCACCAAAACCCGCCUCCACCCGCCCCACCUUCGAGCUCCUUACCGACCUCACCUUCGACGACGACGACGACGACCCGACACCCAUCAUCCUCAACAGAAACAUCCUCCAAUGGGCCGACGAGAACUCCACCCCGACCACCACGCACCCCUCCCACACCCCCGCCGACCCCUACAACCCCUUCGCCCCCACCGACGGCCUGCACAUCAACCCGCUGGCCACGCUCAAGCUCCCUUCCACCGCGCACUGGAGCUACAUGCUCCCCUCGGCGGCGGCGGCGCCGUCGCUGCCGGUGCCGGCGCCGCUGAAACACAGCCUGCCCGUGAGCAGGAGCCAGCCGGACAUGCGCACGCCGAAUCUGCCGAAUAUCGUGUUUCCGUACGUGCCGAGUGCGAGUGCGAGGAAUGCGGUGCAUAAUUUGCCGGCGCCGGCGGAUAUUCUGUCGUCUGGAGGGCAGGGCGGGGAUGGGUAUGUGUGGAUUGGGUAGGGGAGGAGGUGGUAGAUGAUAGGCAGUAGCGUUGUGAGAUUAUGCACUCGUACCGUACAGCAAGAAACCCUCCCACGUUCUCCAUCGUCACUCAUCCAGUCAUGUCAUGUCGUGUCAUGCCAUCCGAACCAUCCUUUUGCUCGCCGCAACACCGCGCUCCCAGCCUAGCUAGGUACUCCGCGCGCCCCAUCCCCCCUCACCGCCCCGUCUGACACAGCGCCAAGCAA